AUGAAUGCUGUGAUUGUUGCCAUCAUUACUCCUCUGGUCUUCUCUCAGCUCUACACACAACCUGUCGUUUACUACCAAGUCCCUUACUAUGCAGGGGCAAUUGAUACACAGUAUGGUUAUGGUCAGACACCCGUCUUCCAGAAUGCUCUCACUUCUCCCUACGCACUCCAGACGCCGUAUCUGCAAACACCUUAUCAGCAAUUACAGUAUCCUGGGCUCACACCAGGUCUAGGUCUUGGACUUUAUCAGAACACCCUGGCUCGAGAACUGACUGGAGGUUAUCUGAAUGAGUUCCGUGACGCGACUGGUUCACUGAACAAUCAUGGUAUCCUUCAUCGUGAGCCCGCAACCAUCGCGGACCAUGCCAGUUAUAUGAGUCUGAUCAACGACAAAGACAAUUUCCAGGCAUCCGGUUGUGGAUGGGAUGCUACGCUGGUGAAGUGCACUGAUGCGCUCGGCCUCUGUAAAGGAGGAUGUCGCGAUUUUGCCGUGUCAGCCUCGGCGACACUUCAUGACUGCAGAUGCAUUCCAUAUGGAUAUGCGGCUCUCCUGAAACUCGUGGGGAAGUAG